AUGAAGCGCAGUCCCAAUAGUUCACCGUCCUUUCCAGCUGCGAGCUUCUCGAUCCUGGACAUGAGAUUCUUCCACCACUUCCUCACGAUCGCGUACCCACAUUUGCCAGUAGACAACGACCAUGUUUGGGUCCACGACAUUCCCCAGUUCGCCGAGCAGCACGAAUAUCUCAUGCACGCCUUGCUCUCGCUGGGAGCAUCGCACCUCAGCCGCCUCACGGGUGUGGACUAUCGACGAGAGUCUCUGGUACACCGCGGCCAUGCCAUCGCAGGACUCAACCAAGCACUUAGCCAGACCGCACGCACGUUUGGUGAAUCGGAUGCCAUGCUCGCUUCUUGUUAUGCGCUUACCUUUCAAGCGUCAUACAUGGGCGAUGGUCUCGCCGACUUCAUCACAAUGGUACGAGGCUGCGCCUUGACUACCGAAAAGAUCAAACAAGAACAGGCCCCGACAGCGUUCAACCUGCAACCAGGUUGGCACUUCAAGUAUAUGGCGCCACGAUUGCAGAACUUGCCGCGGGUCGAUCCUCGUCUCCUUGAGGAUGCGUAUGAUGGUCUGGAGAAUAUUCGACCCUUCCUGAGUGGCACUACGGAGAUUGAUUUCCAUGCCGCGCUGGUCGACGUGAUUAUCUCCCUCCAGGCGUCGCCAGCCUCGGGCUACCUCCAAUUUACCGGUGUGUAUGAUGUUUGGUACGAACUGUGCCACGAUGCGUUCAAGACUUUCCUUGACCCGAACAACCUCGUCGCGCAACUCCUCCUUGCAUACUUCGUGGGCCUUCAGUUACUCAUGGUCCCACUGGCGGCUCUUGAAUGGCCUCACCGCGCGGACGUAAGUCGAGUUCGUGUCUUGCAAGGUUCAGUCGAGUGGGCACAAGGGAUCUUUGAAAGGCUCGGGGAUUCGGAAUGGUCAAACCAUCUUGAGUGGCCUAGAACUGUUAUCGCCACAGUCAUUGCCGAGAUCAAUGGCGAAGUACUUCAUCUGCCACCAGUGCUACAGCUUCACUUGGCAGCACAGGACAUCACUCCUGAGACGACUAUGCUAGAGUUAGAGCCUAUAUGA